UCGCACGCAGCAGCUGUCGGACGAUGAACUAAUGAUUGGGUGAGAUGAACGACUGAAUGGAAUCGUGCUCAACAAUCUAGAGAAAAAAACAAGGCUGGCCAGGCCCCGCCUCCAGAGGACACGUCAGCCAGAGGCCCCGCCCACGGCUGGGCGGAGCGGCUACGCCUUCCGGGCUUUGGCUGGGACCCGCGCCAGCGCCAGGCUCAGACUCCAAAGCCGCAGAGCCCUGAAGGUCCCGCAGGCUCUUGGGCCGGCUGCUGCGGACACGCCAACAUCCUCGGAGCUAUAAUUCCGAAGAGGGAAACAACAGAGCCAUAGGCAGAGCUUGCGUCGGACACGCCCCCGCGGGCAGUGCUUCCGGGGCAGGGGGCGGGGCCUCCGGAAGUGACCSGUCGCCGUCUGCUGUUCGUUGUUUUAGUGGCUGACGGGAAGGAGAGGCCCGAGCUCCGACAACGCCGCGGGGCGGCAGUCACGACCAGCUCCUGGGCGGUCGCUACCUCCUGGACGAGCCAGAAGCGAGGACUGCCGGCUGCUGAGCUGCGAGCGCUAUUCCCGCUCGCCUUUGGAUCUCAUCAUGUCGCGGGGCUCUAUCGAGAUUCCCCUCCGGGACACUGACGAGGUCAUCGAACUUGACUUCGAUCAGUUACCGGAGGGAGAUGAAGUUAUCAGUAUUCUGAAACAGGAACACACACAACUGCAYAUAUGGAUUGCUUUGGCGCUGGAAUACUACAAGCAAGGAAAAACAGAAGAGUUUGUAAAGUUGUUGGAAGCAGCACGUAUAGAUGGUAAUUUGGACUAUAGAGACCAUGAAAAAGACCAGAUGACUUGCUUGGAUACACUAGCAGCCUAUUAUGUACAACAGGCUCGAAAAGAAAAGAACAAGGAUAAUAAGAAGGAUCUUAUUACACAGGCAACCUUGCUGUAUACAAUGGCUGAUAAAAUUAUAAUGUAUGAUCAGAACCAUUUGUUGGGAAGAGCCUGCUUCUGUCUACUUGAAGGUGACAAAAUGGAUCAAGCUGAUGCACAAUUUCAUUUUGUACUCAACCAAUCUCCAAAUAACAUCCCAGCCCUUCUUGGUAAAGCUUGCAUUUCAUUCAACAAAAAGGAUUACAGAGGAGCUCUUGCUUACUAUAAGAAGGCAUUACGUACUAAUCCAGGAUGCCCAGCUGAAGUUCGUUUAGGAAUGGGCCAUUGCUUUGUGAAACUUAACAAACUAGAGAAAGCCCGUCUAGCAUUCAGCAGAGCCUUAGAACUCAAUUCCAAAUGUGUGGGAGCAUUGGUUGGCCUGGCUGUUCUAGAACUCAACAAUAAAGAGGCUGAUUCCAUCAAAAAUGGUGUCCAGCUUCUUUCCAGGGCCUAUACUAUUGAUCCUAGCAACCCUAUGGUAUUAAACCACUUGGCAAAUCAUUUUUUCUUCAAAAAGGAUUAUAGUAAAGUCCAGCACCUGGCUCUUCAUGCAUUCCAUAAUACAGAAGUGGAGGCUAUGCAAGCAGAAAGUUGCUAUCAGCUGGCCAGAUCAUUCCACGUUCAGGAAGAUUAUGACCAAGCUUUUCAGUACUACUAUCAAGCCACACAGUUUGCCUCAUCCUCUUUUGUGCUGCCAUUUUUUGGCUUGGGACAAAUGUAUAUUUAUCGAGGUGACAAAGAAAAUGCAUCUCAAUGUUUUGAGAAAGUUUUGAAAGCUUAUCCUAAUAAUUAUGAAACUAUGAAAAUUCUUGGUUCUCUCUAUGCUGCCUCAGAAGAUCAAGAAAAACGAGAUAUUGCCAAGGGCCAUUUGAAGAAGGUCACAGAACAAUAUCCCGAUGAUGUUGAAGCUUGGAUUGAAUUGGCACAAAUCUUGGAACAGACUGAUAUACAGGGUGCCCUUUCAGCCUAUGGAACAGCAACACGAAUCCUUCAAGAGAAAGUGCAGGCUGAUGUUCCCCCUGAGAUUCUAAAUAACGUUGGUGCCCUCCAUUUUAGACUUGGAAACCUAGGGGAGGCAAAGAAAUAUUUUUUGGCAUCAUUGGAUCGUGCAAAGGCAGAAGCUGAGCAUGAUGAACAUUAUUAUAAUGCCAUUUCUGUUACCACAUCAUACAAUUUAGCCAGGCUGUAUGAGGCAAUGUGUGAAUUCCAUGAAGCAGAAAAACUAUAUAAAAACAUCUUACGAGAGCAUCCUAAUUAUGUUGACUGCUAUUUGCGUCUAGGAGCCAUGGCCAGAGAUAAAGGAAACUUUUAUGAGGCUUCAGAUUGGUUUAAGGAAGCUCUUCAGAUUAAUCAGGAUCAUCCAGAUGCUUGGUCUUUGAUUGGUAAUCUUCAUUUGGCAAAACAAGAAUGGGGUCCAGGCCAGAAGAAAUUUGAGAGGAUAUUAAAACAGCCCUCCACACAGAGUGACACUUACUCUAUGCUAGCCCUUGGCAAUGUGUGGCUCCAAACUUUGCAUCAGCCCACCCGAGACCGAGAAAAGGAAAAGCGUCAUCAAGAUCGUGCUCUGGCCAUCUAUAAACAAGUUCUUAGAAAUGAUGCAAAGAAUCUGUAUGCUGCUAAUGGCAUAGGAGCUGUUUUGGCCCACAAAGGAUAUUUCCGUGAAGCUCGUGAUGUAUUUGCCCAAGUAAGAGAAGCAACAGCAGAUAUCAGUGAUGUGUGGUUGAACUUAGCACACAUCUAUGUGGAGCAAAAGCAGUAUAUCAGUGCUGUUCAGAUGUAUGAAAACUGCCUUAGAAAGUUUUAUAAACAUCAAAAUACUGAAGUUGUGCUCUAUUUGGCCAGGGCCCUCUUCAAAUGUGGCAAGUUACAGGAAUGCAAACAGACUCUACUGAAGGCUAGACAUGUAGCACCCAGUGAUACAGUUCUUAUGUUUAAUGUGGCGUUGGUAUUGCAAAGAUUAGCUACCUCUGUCCUGAAAGAUGAAAAAAGUAAUCUGAAGGAAGUACUCAAUGCUGUGAAAGAACUGGAGCUUGCACAUAGAUACUUCAGUUACUUAAGUAAAGUGGGAGAUAAAAUGAGAUUCGAUUUGGCCCUCGCUGCUACAGAAGCCAGGCAAUGCUCUGAUUUACUGAGCCAGGCCCAGUACCACGUGGCCCGGGCACGCAAACAGGAUGAAGAGGAACGGGAGUUGCGGGCCAAGCAAGAGCAAGAAAAGGAGCUACUAAGGCAGAAACUUCUUAAAGAACAGGAAGAGAAACGUCUCAGAGAAAAGGAAGAGCAAAAAAAGCUUUUAGAACAGCGGGCCCAGUAUGUGGAGAAGACCAAAAAUAUUCUUAUGUUUACUGGUGAGACUGAAGCAACAAAAGAGAAGAAAAGAGGUGGAGGUGGUGGACGGCGUUCUAAGAAAGGAGGAGAGUUUGAUGAAUUUGUCAAUGAUGAUACUGAUGAUGACCUACCUAUAUCCAAAAAGAAGAAGAGAAGAAAGGGCAGUGGUAGUGAACAAGAAGGAGAAGAGGAAGAGGGUGGUGAGAGAAAAAAGAAAAAGAGGAGAAGACCUCCGAAGGGAGAAGAGGGCUCAGAUGAUGAUGAAACAGAAAAUGGGCCCAGACCAAAGAAGCGCCGUCCACCAAGAGCAGAGAAGAAGAAGACUCCCAAGCCAGAACGUCUGCCUCCUUCAAUGAAGGGGAAAAUAAAAUCUAAAGCCAUAAUAUCAUCAAGCGAUGAUUCUUCAGAUGAGGAUAAGCUAAAAAUUGCUGAUGAGGGACACCCCAGGAACAGCAACAGCAACAGCGACUCCGACGAGGAUGAACGGCCAAAGAGACGCGCCUCGUCCGAGAGCGACUCUGAUGAGAACCCCAACAAGUCUGGCAGUGAGGCGGGCAGUCCCCGCAGGCCCCGCAGACAGCAGUCAGAUGAGGAUUCCGACAGCGACCAGCCAUCCAGAAAGAGAAGGCCUUCGGGUUCUGAACAGUCUGACAACGAGUCCGCGCAGUCUGGGAGAAGCCCCUCGGCGGCCUCGGAGAACGACGACUCCCGCGCGGCCUCUCCCAGUGCCGAGUCGGAGCGCGAGUCGGAGCGAGGGUCUGACAACGAGGGUUCCGGGCAAGGCUCUGGCAACGAAUCCGAGCCAGAGGGAUCCAACAACGAGGCCUCGGAUCGAGGCUCAGAACAUGGGUCAGAUGAUAGCGACUAGGUUGUUUCAUAAAGGAGCUUCAUCUCUGGAGGAGACUUUUUUUUUUAAUAUAUGAAAGCUGUGAUAAAAACGUUUCAGAUGUUUGGUCAAACAAUUGUGAAAUUUUUCUUAAGGCGAUUUUUUUUCUACCCAUUUGUAUAUUACUAAGCCCCAAGAGACAUUUCCUGUGCCGGAGUCCAAUAUUUGAACCUCUUGUGCAAAUGAGAGUAUUCUUCAUCGUGGUACAGUUCCACCUGUCAUAUGUGAAAGUGCAGUAAACAUAAACCCAGAUGCUAAAUCAUUCCUACAAAGGUUUGACUGGACUGUGGCAGAUGUCUCUUCUUUGUAUGUGAAGCAGCAUACUGUUUUGAUUUUUAUUGCAGUCUUUUAUGAAGUGGUGCAGAAACUUUAAAUUGUUCAUUUUUAAUGUCUUUGUUCCCUUUUGAGUUUAGAAUGAGAAUAUUUUUAUUUCCUGGAAAAAGAGGCGUCUACUGUAUAAUUGCACCGAAGUACAUGUGAAAAGUCAGGUGUUCAUAGUAUAGUGCUGCAGCCAUCCAGUAAAGUCACAAAUAGAUACUUUGUUAGGUUAAAUGAGGUGUGGAAACAUGCUUUUCUGUUAGAAUGCAAAGACCUCCCAAGCCACAUAAUAAAUUCUUUUACCAAC